AAACAACGUGCCAUUCACACGCGUCGUCGUUGAUCGUUCUCCCGACGACGGCGCGCUGACCUCGUGAGCUUGGCGGCCAUGGCGUCGGAUGGAGUGCAGGAGGCGGCGACCACCGCCCUCCACGUCGUUGCCCGGGUGCGCCCGCUGCUGUCGACGGAAACGGCAUGCCCACCGGAAGUGCUCAGCAUCCAAGGUGGCGGCAUCGUGUGGUCCAAGAAAGGCUUGACGAAGGCGUUGAAUGUCGACACGGUCUUGUGCGAAACAUCCACGCAAAGCGAUGUUUUCGAGGCAGUGCAAAGUGCGUGAAGCGGCUGGGCGAUACCAUAGUCACGAAAGAGCGUUGUUUAGAUCAUGUGGACCACUUCAUCAAGGGUUACGACUGCGCCAUCCUUGCUUACGGGCACACGGGGUCGGGAAAGACAUUCACGAUGGUCGGAGAUCGGGCUGCACUGGAAAAGACUACUGCGAACAAAAUUACCGUGGACAACGGGUCCGGCAUCAUCCCGCGGUGCUUGCAGCAGAUUUUCGAUGCGUGCGACAUCAUCGAGAACGCCGACGACGUGGUGCACCUUUCAUGCUCGUACAUGGAAAUUGUCAACGAAAGGGUCUAUGAUCUCCUGGCCAUCCCCCCCGCGGCCUCUCCGCCUCGACCACGUGCAGACCCACCCUCUUCCCCGUCAUCAUCAUCUUCACCAUCAAGACUGUCGCAGUCGCCUCCAAAAGCAGCGCCAUCAUCACCACACAAUUCCCUACAAAACACCCCCCGAAGUUUGUGGAAUAGCCAUCGAGCGGCGCGGGAAUCGCUCGGGCUACCCCUACGCCAACAUCCCCUCGGUCAUGUGUUUGUCCAGGGUCUGAAGCAAUGCAGCAUCUCGUGCGGGCAAGACGCGUUGGAGCUUCACCACAAGGCUUUUGUACAUCGCAGUACCGACGUACCUGUUGGCCACACCAUAUUUGAAAUCUCCAUGACCCGCCAAACCGUGGCUGGGACACGAGUGAGCCGCCUCGUCUUGGUCGAUCUUGCGGGGUUUGAAAACGGGAGCCACAACAACAAGAGCAUCGCCGCGUUGACGUAUUGCAUGCACGUGGUGUCCAAGUCCCAGCACCACCCUGGCAGCGUUUCGUGCGUUCCUUUCCGGGAGUCGGUCUUGACGAGGCUGCUGCAACCAUUCCUUCUUGGCUCCAGUGGCACGACGUUUGUGGUUACGCUGAGUCCGGCCGCGGAAGCGAUCGACGACACCCGCGCCACGCUCCGGUUCGCCGAGCGCUUGCGGUCCAUUUCAUGCAAGCCGACUCGCCAGCCACUCGUUCCAAACACCGCUCCAACUCCGAUCGAAGAGCUCCAUGCCAUGCAGCUCGAAAUGAAUCGACUGCGAGAUGCAUUGGCCCGCGUGACAUGCAAACAUGAAGCCGCUCGGCGACACGACCAGGCGUUGUUGAUGGAGAACCAGCAGCUUCGGGCCCACCUCGACGCGUCGCGCAGUGUUCCCAAACAAACCGAUUCGCCGACUCCAAGUCCUCUCGUCAUUGUGGACUCUGCUUCAAACGAUGUGGAGCUUCCGAUCAAGACAACCAAAACAAAACGAGACAGGCAGUCUGCCAGAGAGCCUUCUUCGUCCUCGGACCCGCCGAAACGCGUCGACGAGUCGUCAGACAAGCUCACCCUCCUGCCGCGCCUGUCGCCGGCUAAAGUGUCGACAGCGCGCGUUCCAGAAACAAGCUUGUCCCCAGACUUGUUGAAAAAGCUCGUUCAAGUACCUCUGCCCCUGCGCUUGCAGGAGUCGCGGCGGCCUGCUGCACCAUCAACAACUACCUACAACCAAACGACACCGACACCAUCCGACCUUGCGCCAUCGCCUCCAAGACCUCGCCAUGAUCCUCCUCUCCACAACAACACGUCGUCCAAGGCGUCGUCAUCGGGAAGAUCAGCGGCGUCGACAAAAGCCACGUCCCUCCUACCAAGCAUCGACUGCAAGCAACCGUCACGACCCCCGCACGCACCCAGCGCAACCAGGCACAGCCGAACUCACAAAAAAGAAUGGCGGGGCGACAGCAGCUCCGUCAUGGUCAUGUCAACGCCUCGCGCGAUGGCGCUGCCCAAGCUCGACCAACGUUCGCCACCGAUUCAGUCUCCCCAGCCGUCCGCGCCGAGAGAAGACGAUUCCUUGGCGCAAUACAAGUUGCGACGGCGGGAAGAGCUCGAAACCAUGCUGGGUGGCGACUUCUUGGGCACUCGCGACGCGUUCAUCUUCUUUUAGCUGUCCAACAAAUCAAUCUGUCCGCUCUGAAUCGGCGUUGCCGUGUGGACGCGCCUCGGGCUCAAAUACAACACACCCGCGUUGUUUGCGAACCUGAACAACGUGACCUAUUGCACUUGACAACGACAGUAAAACGUACCAAA